AAAUCCUGAACGACGCUAUAUUUGACGAAGACCAUGACGAGAUUGUGUUGGUGAAAGACAUCGAGAUGUUUUCUCUAUGCGAGCAUCACCUGGUACCCUUCAUGGGCAAGGUGCACAUAGGUUAUCUCCCCAACAAUAAGAUUCUUGGUCUCAGCAAGCUGGCCAGAAUUGUGGAGGUUUACAGUCGCAGGUUACAAGUUCAAGAACGGCUCACCAAACAGAUAGCUGUGGCCAUCACAGAGGCAGUACAGCCUGCAGGCGUUGGAGUCGUUGUGGAGGCUUGUCAUAUGUGCAUGGUGAUGCGAGGAGUGCAGAAACUGAACAGCAAAACCAUCACUAGCACCAUGCUAGGAGUCUUCCGCGAUGACCCGAAGACAAGGGAAGAAUUCUUAGCUCUGGCGCUAGCAAAGUGAGACAGUCAACGUGUGAGCAGCACUUAAUGUGUCAUAUGGUUGUGGUUUGUGGUGAAUGAGUGAAAAAUGUAUAAGAGGUCAUACUUUUUGCAGGCUUUGUGGUGUCUGUUGUACCUGAAAUUAUUCUUCUUUGUAAACAGAAUGAUAUUUUUCUUGUAACCAGGGCUAGUCAUAUUUGGUCAUUUUGUUAUUCUAGGUAAUUGAUGCUGGGUGAGGGUUUCUGUAAUAAAAAUUCUGUAGUCCUGUGAAACUUCUGUCUUUAAUGAAAUGUCAAUUUUAAGUGCAAAGGAAGUUCAUGUUUACUCUUCUUCGUUCUUUUUUUUAAGAUUGAGUGACAAGUUUUGGCCUGAUUCUUGUGUUUGAGAAUGUGAAGUUGUUUUUGAAUACCAUUGGCUGGACCUGCGAACUGGUGAAUGAUUUGAUAUAUCGACAGUGAUCUCCACAACGACAUCACUAAUAAUUGCAUUCAAUCUUUUAAAGUAAAAAAUAUAAUAUAUGCUGCUUUAAAAUAAAGAUUAUCCAAAUAUAUACGGCCGUAAAAUCUGUAAAGUCUCAUGUAUACAGCAUAUAAAAAUAUACAAGUUGUCCAAAUAAUAACAGAUUUAAAAUCAGUAGUCUCACAUAUACAGCAUACCAAGAACAACUUUUGAUAUUCUUUGUAUCAAGUUUCUUCAUCUUUUCCUCAACACUUUGGAUGGUGAGCAGAGCGAAGGCACUAUGUUAAAUAUACAAAAUCAGAUCAAUGUUACAUGUGCCCAAAAUUUCUGUUCUACCCUGUCAAAAAAUGAUGUCACAGUUCAUGCAAAACACAACAUAUUUUUUAAAGAUUACUUUUAAGCUUAGGCUUCUAUAAAUCAUAGCUUUUUUGAGACAUGAGCAUAAGACAGGGUUACUACAGAAUGAAAUUUAAAUUUUCCAUAUAUUAAAGGGACAAAUUGUAUAGACUGUCAAAUAUUAUGCUUGGAUUCUUUGAUCUCACCUUUAUGCUCUUACUGCGUGGAUUAUCCUUCUAUGUGACAGCAGGUAUGCAAUUUCAUGUUGCUCAACAGCUGAAUAUGGCAUAUGUAAACUGAACAAUGCUGCAGAGGUGUCAACAUGAAGGCCUAAGGUAUUUCCUUUUUGGUAAAGGAUAUCAGCCAUACAGGCUUGGCUUACACUUACAGAUGUCAAUGGUCCUUUCUGGUUACUGACAGUUGCCUCUCCAGCUUUUGUCAUUCACUGCACUUUAAUGAAAUAGCAAUGCCUGAUCUAAAAACUACCUGUACUUGUUUGUGUUAGACACAAAAUUUUGGCUACCAUAUUCUUUUUCAAACUAUCCAUACCACCAUUUCACAUAUUAUGACAGUUUUGUAGUUGAUGAUGGAUCUAGUUUAAUUUUUUUUUAAACUCCUUUACUUUAGUGAAUGUUUAUGUCAUGAGUAGGCCUUCCCACUGACAGAUAUGCCUAUCAUUUAGUGUUCUUACACGUAAACUAACUUGAUAGAUCAAGUUCUAACAUUAGUAAAGUUGUGCCUUAAGAUGCUUGACAGUCUGUGUGAACAGAACUUACAGGCCUUUUAAAAAUUCAAGCCUGGAUAGAGAUGCAUUUAAUAUAUCAAGAGAUAGAAAAAUGAUUGUGAUAAGUAUUUUUUAAUGAGAGAGCAAGAACUUUUAUAAAACGUCGAGCAGUAGACAAGCCGUUUAUUUCUAUCUGCUAUAAUAUGGAUGAGAUGGGGGAGUGUGUUUGUGGACUGUUCUGCUCUUGAGGGGAACUGGAAGUCUAAAAAUCCACUUUUACUGUCAUGACAUCAUUGGUUCCUCCCUGGAAUUGGGAAGACCAGUCAGGAUUCAUUGCCUCCCUACUUCUUCACCAGCAGCUGUGUACUUGUCUUGCUUCUGUAGAAAUUGAUAGGGUCAUGCACUGCCAGACCACAUGGAAAGAGAAGGUUGUGACUGCCAGGGUCUCGUUGUGCUCCUGUGCGCAGCUGUCCUCAUGCCUGGAACUUGUUUCCGUAGCACCAGCUGAUUUUUGUUCCUACUUGUUGAGGAAGGUCAGAGAGUCAUAACUGAAAAAAAAAAGAAGAAAGGGACGUAAGACAAGUGUGUCAGAAGCACAUUUUUCUGACAACUCACUACAGCAGAUGGAAUUUCAUAAGUAAAUAAGGAUAAUGGUAUCUGCUUCUCGCCAAUCGGUUCUGCGUCAUCCUGCGCCUUGUAGAAUCAUGACCUACCGGUUGUUAUUUUUCUUUUUUCAUCAUAACUUGGAUGGGCCAAUUUUUCUGCUAUGGUAUUAUUCUGGAGCCUUAUCAAUAUGAGCAGGAAAGACAUUGGUUUGACUGCUUAUGUAAGACUCUGCAAUUCGCCAUUUUGAAAAGUGACGUGUGACCCUGAGCAGUCAGGGUUGUUUUUUUUCACUGGGAGAAGCUUGAUGCCCGUUCCUUUGCUUCCCAGAUAAAUGUAGUUACGGGACAUUGUUCUUGUUGAAAUUGUUAAUCCCUUUAAUACUCCUAGUUAGUAGAUCCGGUUCAUGAAUUUGGCUUUCACCUUUGCUUUAUCGUCAGACUUAUGGUUAGUCUCAUGCGUGUCUGUCUAAAUGUUGUCAGCACUUUAACUUUAACAAGCUCCUAAUUUUAGUUUGUUCUGUAACUUCCUUCUCAAAUGUGAUGUUGGUCACGGAUUGUACGAGUCUGUUCUGGACAUCACUGACAUCAUUAAAGGUAUGAUCAUGCACUUGCACACAACAGGAACAAGCAUUUAUUACUUGUAUGAGCAUAGAUGCUUGAACAAAUAACUAUUAGAAAGGGCAGGGGUUAGAAUUUAUUGUGAAUUGUUCUUUUCAUCACAUCUUUCCUGUUCCACAUACCUACAGACCCAAUGUGCAUAAAAAAGACAUUUUUAUAAAUGAAAUAUAUACGAGUGAGUUACUAAUAUCAUGUAUUUUUUCAGUAAAUAGAGGAUUAAUUUUAUUCUUUAAAAACCACACCCAGAAUAGUUGUAGAAAAAAACGAUGGGCGGGGGGUUGUUCUUAGGGGGAGGUUUGUAUUGUUGUUUUUUUCUGCAAGAUAUCUUGGCAUCCUCAGGAAAUGAUUGGUAUCCUUUAUGUUGUACUGGAUGAAGUUGGAUGGAAAAGUGAACUAGAAGCUUUUCGCUAAUGGUGUCCAUUAACUCAAAAUAUUUUCUUUUUCUUUACCUGGUAACAAGAUGAGAAUCAUCUUUCCUAAGCAGUAAACUGUGCACAUAAUAUGGGAGAAAGUGCUUAUGAGUAUCGUAUCUUAUUGUUUUGAGACAAAUUUAUCUCUGAGAAAGGUGAUAAGAGAGAAAGGUGAUAUUUCGGAGGUGUUGCACCUUCUUUCACAGUGUAAAGAAGAAAGGGAGACUGAGGGAAAGAUAGUCAUGACAAUUCACCAAAGGGAAUGUGAUGCAUCUCCUGAGAUUUGGUGCUCAAGUGUCACUCUGCUGUAGAAGUGGUUUUCCAUCCUGCCAUUGUGCUACCACCAAACUUUUUGGAGGGCGAUAAGGGGAGGAAGUAUGUUUUAUAGUUUUUGCCACCUAAGCUCUAUUAUGAUCUGUAAAUCGUAAUACAUAUCAUUCAAUGUGAUAUUUUUGCAAUUUCAAAAUGUGUACUUAGGCUGGAUUUUGAAUUUAUGGUGAUCCCUGUUUAAUGCAAUCUGCCAAAAUUUGAAUUAGCUAUCAAAUGCCAACUGUCUGAAACUCACAGGCAUGAAUUUUAUUUUCCUAUCUUCUAUUUUUUUUUCAAAAUUUUUUUUUAAGAAGACUACUUUAUAAUAUCUGUGGAUAUAUAUUUUUUUUUACCCGUUACUGUUUUCCUUCAUUUGGUGUCUGAGAGGACAGAAUCUUGUUUUUUGUACAGACUUUUUUUCAUGCAUAAAGAGAAAGCUCUCCUCCAGUAGAUAUAAAGAUGACUAGUUUAAUGCAAUAACAAUGUA